CUUGUGUUGGCUAUCUGUGGAAAGACACCAGAUUUGCAUGGCUGUGCAUCAUCUCCUUCCCCCGCCUUCCUUUUUGCAUGAUUCCAACCAGACCCAAUGUCGACAGUCCGGUAGCUGGAGGACGCAUAUCAGAGGAGUGGGAGGGCCCCCGGACGCUGUGCGACCUGUGCUUGGCUCAGGUGUGCCGCAGCCUGGAGCGGCUGUGCAGUAAGCGAGCAGACGGCUCUCUGCUGCUGGCCUCGGCCUUGCUCUUCCCUCAGCAGAUAGCUGACCAGCUACUGCACAAGAUGGCCUCAGAAGGAAUAGUGAACGACAAAACCAUUGGGAUUUUCCACCAGCACAAAGAGCUGCGUUUGAGCCGAGCCUGCCUGCGCCGCUGUCUGGUGUCGGCAGAAGCCUUCCAACUGGCCGUCUGCCCUCACCGGCUUCGAGAAGUGGAUGCGUCCUGGUCCCGAGGCGACAUCAGCGGCGCUCAAAUCGUCUCCGGCUUGGCGUCCAACCCGAAGUGUCGAUCCAGCCUUUGGAAGCUCUCCCUGAACGGGCUCCGUCUCGACUGGGCCGCACUGGCGGACGGCGGCGACGGUCUCCGCUCCCUGAAAGGCCUGCGGACGCUCAACCUCGCCGGCACCGACCUGAGCGACGCUGUCUUAGAGGAUGUCUGCUCUCUCCCUCAGCUGGAGAGCUUAGACAUCUCCUGCACCGCCGUCACCAAGCUGACAGCUCUCCUCCGAUGCAAGACGACUAUCAGGUGUUUGACGGCCCACUGCCUCCGGCAGCUGAAAUCGACGGCGGACGCUUUGCUGUCCGUGCUCGGCCAGCUCGACGCUCUGAGACAUUUGGACUUGUCAGACGACCACUUGACAGGACGGAGUGACGGAGAUGUCGUUCUGCGUCUUCUGCGGGCCGGACCCGAGGUUCUUCCCUCCUUGGUGUCUUUGGACUUGUCGGGCAGGAGGAGAAUCAAUGAGGCAGCGGUCGGUGCGUUUGUGGAAGCCAGGAAGGAUCUGGUGUUCUUGGGCUUGCUGUCAACUGGAGUUUGCGCCUGCCCUGCCCUGUCGGCGCAAAAAAAACUCAAAGUCACCGGACAGGCUCACGAGAAGCAGUUGUGCGAGGCCCUCAGAAGGUACAGAGACAGAGCGUGUUUCACUCGAGAGGCCCUCUUCCAUCUCUACAAUUUGACCACCGACUCGCAGAAGCCACACCCAGAAAUGCUGGAGCUGGUGCUGAGGUCCAUGCAGAGCCACCCUACGAGUCUGCACGUCCACCUGGUGGCCACGGCGUGCGUGUUCAACCUCACCGCUCAGGACCAGGCCGAGGCCAUGCCUGUGGGCCUGCUUCGCUACGCCGUCACGCAGCUGCUGCACAGCAUGAAGACCUUCCAACAACAUACGCAGGUCCAAAAGAAUUGUCUUCUGGCACUCUGCAGUGACUACAUCCUCCAGGACGUCCCGUUUGACACGUAUUUAGCAGCCACGCUGGUGAUUAACUGGCUGAGCAGCCACGAAGAUCCCACCCUUCAGAGGAUGGCCGUCGCUGUCAUCUCCAUCCUGGUGGCCAAGUUAUCCACAGCGGAGGUUGCAAAGCUCGGGGAAGAUGUCUUCAUCGUGAAGCAGUUGUUGGCUAUCGUGCAGCAGAGGGCCAUGUUGGGAGUGGUCGACUCCACUCUGAAAUUUGCUUUAAGAGCUUUGUGGAACCUAACCGAUGAAAUGCCCGUAGCGGCCCGCAACUUUAUCCAGUGUAACGGCUUGGAGCUGUUUGAAGAAAUUUUGGAGUCCUACUACACUGAACCUUCCAUUCAGCAGAAAGUUCUCGGGCUCCUGAACAACAUCGCAGAGGUGGAGGAGCUGCAGACGGAGCUGAUGGUGGCAGACCUGUUGGAGCACAUUGUCAGCCUCCUGCAGGACACCAAGGUGGAGAUGGGGGUGCGCUACUUUGCCGGCGGCAUUCUUGCUCACCUCACCUCGCGGCCGGAGGCUUGGAUCUUGGACGAGAAGCUUCGCAGCCGCAUCCUCGAGCAGCUGCACGUCUCCAUUGCAGCUUGGACCCAUCUGGAGAAAGAAAUCGUGUUUUACAGGUCGUUGCGCCCGUUCUGCCACCUGCUUGGGACAUGUCAACCCACGGGCGUGCAACUGUGGGCUGUGUGGGCCAUUCAUUUCGUCACCACGCAAAACGCUUUACAUUACGGCUGGAUGCUGGAGCGGGAAGGUGUGACCGAACGUCUGAAGGCUCUGGCUUCACAUCCAGACUCUCACGCCAUCAUUAGGGGACUAUCGGAGAGCAUCUUGUUUCUGCUUGAGCGCCACAAAGGGGCGGAGCCUCACAGCUCUUAGCAAAAAAUGCAAUCAAAUCAAAGCAGAAAUUGUUUGUGUGAACGAGAAAGAAAGAUGGCCGCGUUUGUAGGUACAGAUUAGAUACAUUGGCCAAAUUCUGACGUAGUGAUGAGUGAAGUUGUUCAACAUUGAGGUCAAAUUGUGUGGAUCUGCUGAGGGCAAGCACAAAUUGAAUGCCUGACAGCAGUUUGCACAUGUGGCCGCUAGAGGGUACUCGAGAGCUUUGGCUUCGGGGCUGAUGGCAGUCAAAUACGUAUCAAGUUCACUCAACGUAGUUUUGCCACUUUUCUGAGUGACAUGCCAAAAUUGGGACUGCACUGCACACUCCAAUUGGAUUCAUUAACCUCAAAUCGAAGUUCUGACUUUCAAAGUUGGACUAAAAGUAUUUUUAAGUAUAAAAUGUCACAUUUGCAUUCAUCGCCAGAAUUUCCAUUGAAGCAAAUCCACUUAAUAUGUUAACCAAAAAGCUUUGGGCAGAUUUCCUUCUUUGGCUUUCUGCUUCUCCAUUUGCACUGUUUAAGCUGGCUUAGCUGGCUGCUGACAUCACACUCGUAUCACUCUGAUCUCUCUCUAUUAAAAAACGCACCAUCAUCAUUGCCCAAAACAUCAAGUGUUCCUUUCAAACAGCAGGAUUGAGACAGAAAUAAAGAUGUCACAAGAAAAGUGCCAAAAAUAUCUCGAGUAAAAAUAAACAAAGCCUGAAGUGGAGGCUGAAAAGAGACCAGCUGCAGAUAAGAGAGAGGGGAGAAAAAAGACAUCUAAGAGCAUUUCAGGCUUGAAUAAAAAUAUAGCGGGACCGAG